CGGACACUGGCCAAUCUCUUUAUAAAACCACAACCUUCCCUCAUUUCGAACACACUCUCUUUCUGCUUCUUCAAGGUCAGGGCGGCGAGAGAGAUCCAUUACAAUUUCGUUUAUCUUUCUGAAAGUUUUUGUUAUCAAUCUUUAAUAUGGGUAAGGAGAAGGUUCACAUCAACAUUGUGGUCAUUGGCCAUGUCGACUCCGGAAAGUCAACCACCACCGGUCACUUGAUCUACAAGCUUGGAGGUAUUGACAAGCGUGUGAUUGAGAGGUUUGAGAAGGAGGCUGCUGAAAUGAACAAGAGGUCAUUCAAGUAUGCCUGGGUGCUUGACAAACUCAAGGCCGAGCGUGAGCGUGGUAUCACCAUUGAUAUUGCCUUGUGGAAGUUUGAGACGACCAGGUACUACUGCACUGUCAUUGAUGCUCCCGGACAUCGUGACUUUAUCAAGAACAUGAUCACUGGUACCUCACAGGCUGACUGCGCUGUUCUUAUCAUCGACUCCACCACUGGUGGUUUUGAAGCUGGUAUUUCCAAGGACGGACAGACUCGUGAGCAUGCCUUGCUUGCUUUUACCCUUGGUGUCAAGCAGAUGAUUUGCUGUUGUAACAAGAUGGAUGCCACUACCCCCAAGUACUCCAAGGCCAGGUACGAUGAAAUCGUGAAGGAAGUCUCUUCCUACCUGAAGAAGGUCGGGUACAACCCUGACAAGAUCCCCUUUGUCCCCAUCUCUGGUUUUGAGGGUGACAACAUGAUUGAGAGGUCUACCAACCUCGACUGGUACAAGGGUCCAACCCUCCUUGAGGCUCUUGAUCAAAUCAAUGAGCCCAAGAGGCCCUCAGACAAGCCCCUGCGUCUUCCACUUCAGGAUGUGUACAAGAUUGGUGGUAUUGGAACUGUACCAGUGGGUCGUGUGGAAACCGGUGUCCUCAAGCCUGGUAUGGUUGUUACAUUUGGCCCCACUGGACUGACCACUGAAGUUAAGUCCGUUGAGAUGCACCAUGAAGCUCUCCAGGAGGCUCUUCCUGGUGACAAUGUGGGUUUCAACGUUAAGAAUGUUGCUGUCAAGGAUCUCAAGCGUGGUUUUGUUGCUUCUAACUCCAAGGAUGAUCCUGCCAAGGGGGCUGCUAACUUCACCUCUCAGGUCAUCAUCAUGAACCACCCUGGCCAGAUUGGUAAUGGAUAUGCCCCAGUGCUCGACUGCCACACCUCCCACAUUGCUGUUAAGUUCUCUGAGAUCUUGACCAAGAUUGACAGACGAUCUGGCAAGGAGCUUGAGAAGGAGCCCAAGUUCUUGAAGAAUGGUGAUGCUGGGUUCGUUAAGAUGGUUCCAACCAAGCCCAUGGUUGUCGAGACAUUCUCUGAGUACCCUCCCCUUGGUCGUUUUGCUGUUAGGGACAUGCGUCAGACAGUGGCUGUUGGUGUCAUCAAGAGUGUCGACAAGAAGGACCCAUCAGGUGCCAAGGUCACCAAAUCUGCAGCUAAGAAGAAGUGAGGUGUUUUGGAGGUCUAUGGUAGCUAGGCGUAUUUUCUGUUCUGUUUAAUGUUGUUUUUGUGGACAGUUUUUAUAUCCAUAUCCAUUACAGUACCGCUAAAGUUGAGCAGUUGGAUAUCAUCUGGUGCUCAACUGGUUGUGAUGGAAGUCGGGAUUUGCUUUUCUUGAUUUGGUUUUAUAGGCUUUAAAAUGAGUUCUUGUGUUACUGAACCAAAUCCCAAAAUGUUAAAACAUCAUGGUUUCAAUUUGAUAGCUAAUGCUGCAUUGCUAAAUUGAGUUAUUUAGUUUUGUUA